UUUGUUAGUUGUUUGUUUGUUUGUUUUGUUAAAGUUGUGAUUGCCCUGAUAACCUGUUGUUGAUCAUCAGUCCAAUGUUCUUUUUCCCUCUUAAUUUAUCACAGGGGGAACCUAGUAAAGUUUUUAUUAUUGUUUGGGGUUGAAAACAAAGAAUCGUUUACUCUACCAACUGUCGAGCUAUCCAGCUAUAUGUUGGCAGUCUCCCUCCCUUAUUUAAUCUUAAUUGACAAUAAGGAGACACAAAGACUUAGGGUGAGAUAUAGGUGGGGGACUGUCGAUUAUGGCCCAUAGUCUGCUCAAUGAAGAAAAAAGUGCGUGACGGCCGCCAUCCACUUUUCAUCCUGCGUUAUUUUGCAUAGAUAUUGUUUAGUACACAUUGUAGUUGGGUCACAUAAAGCAGAACGAAAAACCAGCAAACCAAUACUAAAUUCUACCCAAUAUAUUUAAAUCAAUUAUCACAAUAAUAAAUAUUAACAACAAAAAUUCAGGUGGAGAUCUCCGAUUUCUGCGUCAAACCAGUGACGUUAGAGGGCGCUAGACAAUCGUGCCUUUUUUUCGGAUAGACUGCGCGACGCACCCGUGAUGGAGGUAGGACAAAGCCAAGGACCUUGAUCCAUUUGACUCUUGAUAAUUUCAGUUAAAUUUCAAACCCAGUUUUGUUUAUCUCGACUGAAGAACUGGGAUCCAAGAACUGAUUCGUAAAUCUGUCAUUAUGUUAAAUUAGCACAGGAGAAGACGAUAUUGUGAACACCGAUCCACUCCAAAAACACCGACAGGACACCCCGCGAUGGACACAGGCUGCUGCAGUAGACGUCGUCUGGACAUAACAAAUGGAUGGGAUACCACAGGCACAACACACUGCAGGCCGAAUACUACACACUGUCAGACUUUUUGAAAUGCAGCUCACUCUGAUCUCAACAUAGAGCAACGAGUACAACAGUUGUCCAACGACCCAGUAGAUGAAUCACCUUGCUCUACCUAUAUUAUGCUAUAUCGAUGAAAGAAACUCGUACAUGUAGCUCCCGUCUACCACAUUACGCAAAACAGUUGAAAAACACUCUCCCAACGUUUCAUCCAGAAAGACCAGAGUCAUUGAUUAAAUUCUAUUGCAGAGUAUUGGAUUAUUAAAACCAUCCUGCUUAUCGAUCUACGCAUAUCUAACUUCAGAUGAUUGAUACUAUCACAAAGUAAUAACGUCUCAUUAUUGUGACUGUGAAGUAAAAGUGCAAUGUUUGUUGUGGCGCAAAUUUGGUCAAAACCACUGGUUUGAGUUUAGGUAGUUAAACUUAAAGGGACAUUCUUUCAUGGACAAAGAUGCAUUUUCUCAUGUCACAACGCUUGAGUUUUUCACACUUGUUGAAAUUGUUUGCACGCAAUUCAUUUCCAGAGGUCAGCGGAACAGUAGGUCUUCUUUGUUUCAACAACCACCGGAGGAAGUUUCAUCAUAAUAAAGCAAAUGAAAAUGUGCUAGAUGUACCUGAUCAACAUUUGCAAACCACUCAUUGGUCAGAAGAAGCCACACUCUAUGUCCAUUGGCCCUAUUGCCAGAGACGGUGCACGUAUUGUAACUUCAACAAGUACAUCAGAAGUAAUGUUGACAAUGACAAAAUGCAGCAAUGUCUUGUCAGAGAGGCCAAGACACUGAUCCAAGAAAGUGGAGUCAAACGCAUCAAGUCAGUAUUCUUUGGGGGAGGAACACCAAGUUUGGCCCAGCCAAAAACUUUGUCUGCCAUUUUGGAAGCUGUUUCUGGUGUGGUGAGUUUGCCCAAUGAUGCAGAAGUUAGCAUGGAAGGAAACCCUACUUCAGUGGGACGCAUCAAACUCUUGGAAUUCAAGCUAGCAGGUAUUAACAGAGUCUCACUUGGUGUGCAGGCUUUGAAUGAUAAGGAUCUGCAGUUGCUAGGGAGAGAUCAUACAUCAGAUGAAUCAAGAAAGUGCAUUGAAGAAGCCAGAAGACUCUUUCCAGGACGAGUAUCAAUCGAUGUCAUCUUUGGGCGUCCGGGACAGAGACUGUCCACCUGGGAAAAAGAACUACAGGAAGUUACUCAAAUAUGUGAUAACCACGUAUCUCUCUACCAACUCACCCUGGAAAGAGGCACAGCUUUAUUUAAGAUGUUUGAAGUCGGUGCUGUUGACUUCCCUUCUGAGGAUGUAACUGCUGAUAUGUAUGAGUUAGCUGUGGAGAUAAUGGCUAAUGAGAGACUGAACAGAUAUGAGGUGUCUAACUUUGCAAGGGAAGGCUUUGAGAGUCUUCACAAUCAAUCUUACUGGGAUGGGGGUCAGUACAUUGGCAUUGGACCAGGAGCCCAUGGUAGAUUUAUAUUAAGGAAUCCUACGGCUAAACGAAUACCAUCUGUCAAAAUACAAGGUCAUGAUAAUUGGAAUCCCAACCAGCUUAACCUACAGCCUGUACAGGUAAACCGUGAAGCAAGGAUACAAACUCUAGAACCAGAACCGUGGAUGCGUGAAGUCCUUAAAUACGGACACGGAACAAGGAAACGGGUCAUCCAGUCGCAACUUGAUGUCCUCCAGGAAUAUUUGAUGGUGGGGUUGAGAACAAGUAAGGGUGUCACAAACCAUCGCUGGGGACAGUUUAGUAAUGUCACAAGCCUCAGGGAGGUGUUUGAUGGGGAUGCAGUUGAUGAUUUUAUGAAGGGAGGGCUAAUUGUAAUGGAUCAGUUUGGAUUAAGAGCUACAGUAAAAGGAAUGUCAUUGCUUGAUUCUAUUUUACCACAUCUGUUGAUCAAACUGCAAAACUGGUUUAAAACUGUAAAAGCUGAUUAAUUGCAGACUUUUUGGGACUCUAUUUGAGACUUUGUGACUCGGACAUCCACAUGUAGGCUUACUUCUCUAUGAUCUGGGUUUGCAUUACAUUCUUAAGUGCAGCCUUCUGCAAGAUGGUUUAUUUGUUUCUUGAUACUGUGCUUUAAGAAACUUCUUGCCCCCCAAAUUAUGUUAUGCAUGCUGGAAGUAUAAAAGGUUUGCAGUAAACACUAGAUGUGAAUAUCACUUAGGAGUACAUGUACAUAGUUUCAAAACCAACACUACUCAAACGUGUUAUUCACACUGGUAAUACUGCAAACCUCUCAUAUUAUGAUAGCCAAAUGAUGUUUGAAAAUGGAAAAAUAGCACCCACAAUCUUGUAUUUGAUGGCCCACUGACUCCAUACAAACAGACAAAUACUGAAAUUGUCUAAAUACCUCAUUCUUAACAGCAUCCACACCUGUGACAUGAUUGUGCACCCUGAAACUAUCCCAUUAUAAAUCAGAAUUGUUUACACUUCAUUGACUUAUUCAACUAUCAUGUAGUCUUUUCUGUUCCUUGCUACUAAACUUACCUGUAUAAAGGAAAAAUGUAGAAAAUAAAACAACCAAACUUUGAUAAAGAUCACUGGA